GAAAGCCUCCUUACUUCAUCCACAGCAGGAAUCAGGUUCUUCCUCACCUCCACCCCCCCCCCCCCCUUUUUGGUUUGAUCUAGUUUUCUUUCUGGGUAGAAAAAGUGAAGUGUUUGUUGAUUCUUGAUCUUUUUAAUUCACUUUUAUCACUUGGCUUGAUUGGAGUGUACUGGUUUGUUUAAAUUUGAGAAGAGGGUGGAUUGGUAAUUUGAAAUGAAAUCCGAGAUGAAUGUGGGUGCUUUUUGGAAUCUGAAAUGAAUGUGAAAAUGGCAUGCAUAAGCUGUUUUGCAUCUGAAUUGAAAAGGCUGAUUGCAGUUUAGGUUUAGUUACUGUUUCGGUGAAGGCAGUGAUCAGUAUUCAGUUGUCAGGAUUUAGGCCGUGUUUGGUUCUGUACUGUGCGGAUUUUAUUUUGUGAAUCCAGGGUUGAAUAGUGAGGCUGCGUUGGACCUGGUGCACCCUAGGCACCUGGUAUAGUGGUAUGUUAUCUUUUAUGUAGGGUACUGAUUCUGUAGGAGGCUCAACUCAGUAGUGUCAAUGAUUUAGCAUAUGAUAAAUUCUACACCCGAGUUCUUGUUUGUACUCUCACCUUCAUUAAGCAAAAUUAACGUGAAGAUUUGUUUCCAUGCAACUGCAAAAGCCAUGCUUUGGAAGCACAGAUCAGGGAUGGGAAUGAGAUUGUGAGCUGGAUCACAGGGUAAAAAGAAGAGUGGGGAAGUGCGGGAAGACAUUCAGCGAUACAGUUAUUUUAAUAACUCUACAGUCUCAAGAAACGUAGGAAAUUCCUGAAAAGAAGAGUCUAGAUUGAGGAAUUGCUAAUAUGAAUUUUGGCAUGCAGAAAGAGCAGAUAUAACAAGAAGUUGAUUGGUGAAAAGUUCAUAUCUAAAAUGUCUCAAUAUGAAGGGGAGGCAGUCACUGCAGAUGUAACUUCAGGAAACAUGCUUUUUGAGCCUAUUUUGGAGGAAGGGGUUUUUCGAUUUGAUUGUUCUGCAGAUGAUAGAGAUGCUGCAUGCCCUAGUCUUUCUUUUACCUGUAGUAAAGGCCGGGACACGCCAAUCAUGAGUCACAAGGUUCCAUUAUAUAUCCCUACUUUUGAAUGUCUUCUGGGACAACAGAUUGUCAAAAUUGAGCUCCCUCCAGGUACCUCCUUUUAUGGAACAGGAGAAGUUAGUGGACCACUUGAGCGGACAGGAAAGAGAGUCUUUACGUGGAAUACGGAUGCAUGGGGUUAUGAUUCUGGGACUACAUCUUUGUACCAGUCACAUCCAUGGGUACUAGCUGUUCUUCCAAAUGGAGAAGCUCUAGGGGUGCUUGCUGACACAACAAGGCGCUGUGAGAUUGAUUUGCGGAAAGAUUCAAUAAUACAGUUUAUUGCUCCAUCCUCGUAUCCGGUCAUUACAUUUGGUCCAUUAGACUCACCAACUGCUGUUCUGAUAUCUUUAUCCCAUGCAAUUGGAACUGUUUUUAUGCCCCCAAAAUGGUCCCUAGGUUAUCACCAGUGCCGCUGGAGCUAUGAUUCUGAUGCAAGAGUUCUUGAGAUUGCCAGAACAUUCCGAGAGAAGGGCAUACCUUGUGAUGUUAUAUGGAUGGAUAUCGACUACAUGGAUGGUUUUCGCUGUUUUACUUUUGACCAGGAGCGUUUUUCAGAUCCUAAAUCUUUAGUGAACGAUCUUCACCUUAGUGGAUUCAAAGCAAUAUGGAUGCUUGAUCCAGGGAUCAAAUGUGAAGAUGGUUAUUUCAUUUAUGAUAGCGGCUCUAAAAGUGAUGUCUGGAUACUAAAAGCUGAUGGAAGGCCUUUUGUUGGGGAUGUCUGGCCCGGGCCUUGUGUUUUUCCUGAUUUUACUCAAUCUCAAACUCGAUUUUGGUGGGCCAAUUUAGUUAAAGAUUUCAUUUCUAAUGGUGUUGAUGGUAUAUGGAACGAUAUGAAUGAACCAUCUGUUUUUAAGGCUGUAACAAAGACAAUGCCUGAGACCAAUAUUCAUAGGGGAGAUAUUGAGCUAGGUGGUCAUCAGAAUCACUCACACUAUCACAAUGUGUAUGGUUUAUUGAUGGCAAGAUCAACUUUUGAAGGCAUGAAAUUAGCUAGUGAAAACAAGCGUCCUUUUGUUCUUACCAGAGCUGGGUUUAUAGGUAGCCAAAGGUAUGCUGCCACAUGGACAGGGGAUAACCUUUCGACUUGGGAGCACUUCCAUAUGAGUAUCUCGAUGGUACUUCAAUUAGGGCUUAGCGGUCAGCCACUUUCAGGACCUGAUAUCGGUGGAUUUGCUGAAAAUGCUACACCAAGGCUUUUUGGAAGGUGGAUGGGUGUUGGGGCAAUGUUUCCUUUUUGUCGUGGGCAUUCUGAAGCUGAUACCAAUGACCAUGAACCUUGGUCAUUCGGAGAAGAGUGUGAAGAAGUUUGUCGCCUGGCAUUGAAGAGGCGUUACCGCCUUAUUCCCCACAUGUAUACUCUUUUCUAUAUGGCACAUAAAACUGGCAGCCCAGUGGCAGCUCCAACCUUUUUUGCUGAUCCAAAAGACUCCAGCUUAAGAAUGCUUGAGAAUUCAUUUCUUUUGGGACCUCUUUUAAUACAUUCAAGCACAGUGGCUGAUCAGGGAUCAGAUCAAAUACAGCAUACAUUGCCUCAAGGCAUCUGGUUGAGUUUUGAUUUUGACGAUUCACAUCCAGAUUUACCAGCACUUUAUUUGCAAGGUGGUUCAAUUCUUCCCCUGGGCCCUCCUUAUCAACAUGUUGGUGAAGCUGAUCCAUCUGAUGACUUGUUGCUCCUUGUGGCUUUAGAUAAGAAUGGGAAAGCUAAUGGUGUUUUUUUUGAAGAUGAUGGUGAUGGAUAUGAAUUCACCAGAGGUGGUUAUCUGUUGACAUAUUAUGUUGCUGAGCUUCAAUCUUCAGUUGUUACAAUUAGAGUUUAUAAAACUGAAGGGUUAUGGAAAAGGCCGAAACGGCGUUUGCAUGUCCAAUUGUUGCUUGGUGGUGGUGCAAAGCUUGAUGCAUGGGGUACUGAUGGAGAAAUUCUGCAAAUUACAAUGCCUUCAGAACAGGAAAUUUCUGAUCUUGUAUUUAAAAGCAGGAAGCAAUACGAGACUCGUAUUGAAAGUGUCAAGCGCAUUCCAGAUGUUGAAGCAGUUCCUGGACACAAGGGCAUUGAACUUUCAGGGACCCCUAUUGAACUGAAAAGCAGUCAUUGGUUUCUUAAGGUGGUUCCUUGGAUUGGGGGUAGAAUUAUUUCAAUGGUACACCUCCCUUCAGGAACUCAGUGGCUCAAAAGCCAUAUUGAAGUUAAUGGUUAUGAAGAGUUUAGCAGUAUUGAGUACCGGUCUGCUGGAUGUUCUGAGGAAUACACUGUUGUUGAGCGAAAUCUUGAGCAUGCAGGAGAGGAGGCAUCUGUCAAGUUAGUAGGUGAUAUUAGUGGUGGAUUAAUUCUGGAACGGCAGAUUUGUAUUCCAAAAGAUGAUUCCAAGGUUAUCCAUAUUGACUCUGGUAUUAUAGCUCACAAAGUUGGUGCUGGUUCUGGGGGAUUUUCAAGGCUGGUUUGCUUGCGAAUACAUCCAAUGUUCCGCCUCUUACAUCCCACUCAGUCUUUCGUGUCAUUUAUUUCUGUUGAUGGUUCUAAGCAUGAGGUUUGGCCAGAAUCUGGUGAACAGACAUAUGAAGGGGAUCUUCGGCCUAAUGGUGAAUGGAUACUCGUUGACAAAUGUCUAGGCCUGGGGCUUGUCAACCGAUUUAACAUCAAUGAGGUUUACAAGUGCUAUAUCCACUGGGGAACAGGGACAGUCAAUUUGGAGCUGUGGUCUGAACAAAGGCCUGUUUCAAAGCAGUCACCUCUUAGAAUCUCCCAUGAGUAUGAGGUGAAAGAAAUUCAGUAGUUUGUGAUUUUCUGAGAUCAAAUUGGGAAAUUCAGUAGAAAUGUCAACAUUAUGAAAUGGUAUGCUAAACUUACUUUGCAUCCACCUAAGAAUGUACCUGAUAAAUGUUUACCACUCAGUGUCGCUCAAAUCUGUUAAUGACAUGGAAUUUAAGAGUGCAAUACCAUUGGCAGAGCUGUUUUUGUUGCUUCCACAGAUUCCCGGUCCAACCGUUCAGUGUUUGGACCUGUGGAAGCAACCAAAAAAAACUUUGGAAAUAACAAUGCCCUAUCUGAUUAGCUUGUAAACAUGCACAGCAACUCAUGGAUAUUUAGUAUAAUGAAAUAGACUACAGUUGGAUCCUGAAAA